CCGGAAGUACAGCUGGUGACUGACGAGCAGUUCAGCUCUUUAGCAGAGAAAAUAUUUUUGUUUAAACAUAAAUUCGAUUUAAAAAAAAAGUUAUGGAUCCUCUGAGCCAUCUGAACGUCAUGCACCUUCAGGAUCCAUUUCCCAAGCCUCUGGAUCUCACCAAAGCUCUGGAUGUGGUGAAGAAGCUGAGCCAGAGUGACCACUCCUCAGGGGCCGACGAUAUCUGUUCUCAUCGCUCAGAGUUCGGUUACAAGUCUGUGUGUGUGCCUUUAAACACCUUACUGCCAAAUGGAAUCACCAACAGACCUGUGAAGACGCUAAUAACCACUACAGGGAACAGCCAGACUGACAACACAGGAGAGGAAAGGAACAGCGCAGGACUUCAGGAUGCUCCUUUGUCACGAUCACAUUCCCGGUUCCUGUUACCUGUUGUCGAAACCUUGUCGUCGGAAUAUUCUGGAUCUGGACACAAGGAGUGCUUUUCCUGUGACGACAGCAGUGCGAUCAAGGUGUCUCCAAGUGUUCCGACUGACAAUGGUGCCUUUCUGACAUGGAGAGUUACAGAAAAUGAAAGGAGGAAAGAUGUUUCUCCGAUCCUGAUGGAAUCUGAUGUGCUCCAAGAUAGCGACUCGUUGGAAUCCAGAAAUGUACUGUCUACCUCAGAAGCAGAAAAUGCAGACUACUUUAAACUCACACAGAACGGCUCUGAAUCAUCAUUACCAUCACCAUCAUCAUCAUCAUCAUCGAGCCAGAAGAGGGCGCCAUCGACCAAGAAAAACAGAAACCAACAGUGCAGGAGGUCUUCAGCAGGCAAGAAAGCAACAGCGAGCACGGCGAAGAGGAGGAGGAAGAAGUGCUCUGGUUUAUCCUCAAUGUCACCUGCAUUUCCUUCCUAUGGAUCCAAGAUCAAGCUGAAGUAUGCAAACCGCAAGGAGGAGAAGCGAGAAGGCAAAGGGAACACCUUCACACCAUAUAUCCGUAUGGAUUUUACUACCUGCACCGUCAUCAACUUCGAGGAAGACAGUGAUGUCCAGGCGAGGAGAAAGCCCACGGCGUCCCUUGGGAUCGUUCCCACCACAUCCUGUUUACAGCUGGGACGCCUCAGGUCAGAGGUCAGGCAUCAGACCUGUGAGCUGUGCUGCCUGUGCGGUCAGACGGCCAACACCGCAGGUUUGGGGGACCUGCAUGGACCGUACCGUCCCUGUGGACCUGAUAGGAUGACAUCCACAGAUGUCCUGAUAAACGGCGGUACGAAGAGGAAACUGACGUCAGAUGAGGUCAGAGAAUGCUGGGUCCAUGAGGACUGCAGUAUCUGGUCAGCGGGCGUUUUCCUCAUUAAAGGAAGGCUGUAUGGUCUGGACGAGGUGGUCAGACUCGCACAAAAAGCUGUGUGUUCGUGUUGUCUCAGAUGUGGUGCCACGCUGGGAUGCUUCUUCAAAGGCUGCCCAAAUAAAUACCACUUCCCCUGCGCUCUCCAGUCUGAAUGUGUGUUUAAUGAGGAAAACUUUACUCUCAGAUGUCCAAAGCACAAGAAUAAAUCAGGACUCGGAGCGAGCAGACUGCAGAAGAACAGGUGACGAUGUGAAGGCAGCAGACGACUAUCACGGGAAUUUAGAAUUAGACUUUUUAUUCCUUUUUUUUAGCUUCAACAGAUUUUUUUUUCUUUCAAAUUAAAAUUGAUUUAAAACAUGACAUUUUAUAGAUGCUUUGGGCAGUAAAGCUGUUUUUAUUUUACUUUGUCAUAAAAAUCCUCAAUUUUUGUAACAUUUAAAUCAAAUUUACAGAA